GAUAGAUAGAGUUCUCCGUCUCUCCAAAGAGGGCACAAGCAGUUCUUAUUUUGUUCUUUGCAUAAUGAGAUAAUCCACAAAAAUCCAUACACCCAAACUACAAAUUCUUCAUUUCAAUUCGUUUUCUUUUCUUCCUUCAUCCAAAGUCGACAAAAAUUUCCAGAAUUGGAAGAGUAUUAGAACGAAGCUGCUGAUUUAUGAAGUAUCCUUCACCAAAUGUAAACAUGGUUGUUCAACUUGAAUCUUGAUGGUUAUGCUCAUUGUUUGUAACUUAAAAGAUUUUUUAUUGUUGGUUUGCUUAGACAAAGAAACUGACGUACAAAAUCCUACUUUCUACACUUUUUCUGUUUUCUGGUUGAUAUAAGCUACUUGUUUGUGGCCGAAAGGUAUUUUGAGGUCUGUAAAUUCAACAGCGCACAAUAUGGAUAUUGCCCUGCCCUUGAAGGAGGGCAGAGCUGAAGCAUCCAGUUCCCGUAAACUUAACAUGGCUAUAGUUGGCGCAACAAAUGAGUGGAGAGGAAAUAGCCCCCCAAUCUUCUUCAAUCUAUAAGAUUGAAGUAUACGUCAACCUUAAUUUUCUUUGGAUUGCUGUUUUGAAAAUGUUCGACUGAGAUUUCAUCUCUCAGCAAAAGGAAUUUUGGACUCAUUGGGCCCUGCUUGAUUGUCUAUUCAUGUACUUUAGCCCCAUCCUGAUUUGAAACUGUCUUAGAAGUACAUGGAGAGAGCGAAUAGAUCUUGAAGGCAGAUUCAGAAAAAGGGUUGUUUACAUCUGAAGCAAUGUCCAUACUUCCUAGUAUCAAAUUUGCAGAUUUAAGCCCCACAAAAAAUGUUUUUGUUUCAGCCCUCGGCUUUGCUUUGUCAAUUAACAGCCCAUCUGCCCCAUUUGGAGAUGAACUUCGAAGAUCUGCUCAGGAACAAGUUGAGUACAUGUUAAGGGCAGACGCCGACACGUCAUUGGUAAUAAAGGACGAUGAAGUAAAAUCCGUGUUGAAAACGGGACUUUUUAGAACUUGUAGUUCAUUUGAGAGGGAGCUAUCUUCCCUUCUUUUGGAGCCUGACCUUGCAUCUCAAGCCAACGAAGACAAAAUUCUGAGGACAUUAUCUGAUCUUGAAUGGAUAUGUUCUUUACUUCCUAAGAUGAACUUAAUGAAAGACUUCGUUUCCAACUGGAUCGAGAUAUCUGGGAACAUUCUGAAGGUAAUCGAGGACGAAAAGUUGAAUUCCUUAAUGUGGGGUUUGAAAGUUAAGCUGAUUGAGAUGACCAACAAAGCCUUGGAAGCUGUUGGCUAUGGCACCGUAAUUCUUCCUGCACCAUACCGCUUGUCACUACUUAAAUUCUGGCUUCCAUAUAUCAGGAAGAUGAAGCCUCUACUGGAUUCGAAGUGCAUUGCAGAGACAGAUUUUCGUUACAAGAUGGACGAAGAACUGUGCAUGAACAUUGAGGGGGCAAUUGUUUCUAUGGUAUUGGCAUUGCCUUCAAAUGAUCAAGCAGGUAUCUUGGCAGAGUGGAUGAAAGCUGAGGAAAUACAAUAUCCUGAUUUAACAGAUGCUUUUGAAUUGUGGUGUUAUAGGACCAAAUCUGCAAAGCGGAGAUUGAUUGAAGGUUUUGACGGAGCUUGCUCUGACAAUAGUGAUGAUGGUACAAUCAGCUUUUAAAUUCUACUGUUAACAAUAUCUCCGGUGGAUUCAAAUGCUUCUUAUUCAUUUCGAGCAUAGAAAUUAUAUACAUGUUCCAUUAAUAAAAUUAUCUUUCUGAACUUCUAA